CUGCUUGCCUUGGUCUCAGAAUAGCUGCGGCCAUGGCUAGUCAGUCACAGGGGAUUCAGCAGCUGCUGCAGGCUGAGAAGCGGGCAGCCGAGAAGGUGCCCGAGGCCCGCAAAAGAAAGAACCGGAGGCUGAAGCAGGCCAAAGAAGCAGCUCAGGCUGAAAUUGAACAGUACCGCCUGCAGAGGGAGAAAGAAUUCAAGGCCAAGGAGGCUGCGGCACUGGGAUCCCGUGGCAGUUGCAGCACUGAAGUGGAGAAGGAGACCCAGGAGAAGAGGACCAUCCUCCAGACGUACUUCCGGCAGAACAGGGAUGAAGUCUUGGAUAACCUCUUGGCUUUUGUCUGUGACAUUCGGCCAGAAAUCCAUGAAAACUACUGCAUAAAUGGAUAGAAGAGA